GGGCUCAAACGCUGCAGCGGAUGUACGGCUGUGACCUCCUGGAGGACGGUAGCACCAGGGGGUUCUAUCAGGUUGCCUGCGACGGGAGGGACUUCAUCGCCUUCGACAUGGACACGAUGACGUUCACCGCGGCGGACGCGGCAGCGCAAAUCACCAAGAGGAAGUGGGAGGAGGACGGGACUGUCGCUGAGCAGUUGAAGCACUACCUGGAGAACACCUGCAUCGAGUGGCUGAGG